AUGUCCAUCCGCACCGUUCAAGACUACAAAAUUGGCUGGAUAUGUGCGCUAAACAUCGAACUGACCGCCGCCAUAGCCAUGUUGGACGAAGAAUAUGAGAUGAUGGCCGGACAUGACCCGCAGGACCAUAAUUCUUACGUGUUGGGGCGUAUUCAUCAGAAUAACGUGGUGAUUGCGUGCAUGCCCGAAGGAGUGGAUGGGUUAGUGCCGGCGGCCAAUGUAGCCAAGGACAUGGUGAGAACGUUCCCCGCGCUUCGAGUCGGCUUAAUGGUGGGCAUUGGCGGUGGGAUCCCCGAUCUCUCCAAGGGAAUCGACAUUCGCCUGGGAGAUGUUGUGGUCAGUAAACCAGAGAAAACUUGGGGAGGUGUGGUCCAAUAUGACAAGGGUAAAGCCGAGGACGGAGGGGAAUUCGUGGUCAAGGGGCAGCUGAACCAGCCACCAGCUCUCCUAUUGAAAACACUCGCUCAACUCCGAGCACGACAUGCUAUGCACCCCAGUAAGGUAUCGGAUUAUAUUACCGAAGCGAUCGAACGAAAUCCUAUGAUGGAGGAGACCGGCUUCACUAUUCCGAGCGAGGCUGAUUGCUUCUACUGCCGUGUCUGCCAUAGGGAUAUUGAGAGCCCAGUAGGUGACUGCGAAGGCUUGCACACCAAGCGAAAGCAGCGGAAAAAUAGCAGGCCAGUGGCUCACUAUGGAAUCAUCGCGUCAGGAAACCAGGUGGUGGAGGAUGCAGUAGUGCGCGACCGACUGCGGAAUCAAUUUAAUGCCUUCUGUGUCGAAAUGGAGGCGGCAGGGCUGAUGAACGAGUUUCCGUGUCUUGUGAUCCGCGGCAUUUGCGAUUACGCCGAUUUGCACAAGAACGACGCAUGGCACCGGUAUGCUGCGAUGACCGCUGCAGCGUACGCCAAAGAAUUUCUUCAAUACAUUUCGCCAGCGCAGGCCAGUCAAGAACAGCCUAUCAAGGACGUACCAGGUUUACUUAAUGAGAUCCGCCUUACCUCAAACGCCCAACUCGAGGCCACCAAAGCGCAGACCCGGCAAAGUAAAACCCAAUAUGAAAGCGAAUACCACCACCGAUGCCACCGGACGUUCAAAAUCAGCCCGUAUGAGACACAGAAGGAUAUUAAUCCUGAGCAGGUAGCUGGCACUUGUCAAUGGGUAUUGUCUCACCCUCAAUACCAGCAAUGGCUCGGCAAAACCCAUGAUGACCUCCUCUGGAUCUCGGCAGAUCCGGGCUGCGGCAAGUCGGUCCUCGCUAAAUCGCUCGUUGAUAUAGAGCUACGAAAUACUAACAACCAUACGGUAUGCUAUUUCUUCUUUAAAGACAACGAGGAGCAAGAUCAUAUGUCGACGGCUCUAUGCGCUAUCCUCCAUCAGCUAUUCUCUCACCAGCCGGUGCUCAUUCGACAUGCCGUUCCAGUCUGGGAGAAGAACGGCGAUAAACUCGUGAAGGAGGAGGCCGAGCUAUGGCGUGUGCUAAUUACCGCGGCGAGAGAUGAGCAGGCUCACGACGUGACGUGCGUUUUAGAUGCGCUGGACGAAUGUCGAGAUAAAGACCGUGGGAGGCUGAUCGAGAUGCUUUCCAGCUUUCAUUUCCAGGCAUCGACCGCUUCGUCCACAAGAAGGCAAGGACGACUGAAAUUUCUCGUGACCAGUCGGCCCUAUGAUGACAUCCAAGCGGUCUUCCAAAAGACACUAGUCAAUCUGCCUACGAUCCGUCUACGGGGAGAAGAGGAGAAUGACCAAAUUCACCAAGAAAUUGACUUGGUCAUUAAAAUGCGAGUGGGAAAACUAGCAACAGACUUAAAAUUGGAUGGCGAUACAAAGGAUCAACUGCAGACCCAACUUCUAGGGAUGGAGCAUCGCACGUACUUAUGGCUGUAUCUCGCGAUUGAGAGUAUAUACCAGACUUUCCGUGACUGUAUGCGACUUGAAGAAGCGUCAAUUGAGUUACUCCCGUCGACAGUGGAAGACGCAUACGAGAAGAUUUUAGCCCGAGUUUCUCAGAAGCAAAGAGGCAACGUCAAAAAAAUCCUCCAGAUUGUGGUUGGUUCACGGCGGCCACUCCACGUCGAAGAGAUGGCCAUCGCUCUCGGAAUAGCCACGUCAACGCACCCGCAGUCCCUAUACAAGGCCAAACUCGAUCCUAUCAGGCUAUUGGAUAAUAUUCGUGGAGGCAUUGCCUUGAUCCGCGAGGGAUUGAGAGAGACAUGGUUCGAAUAUGCGUGGAAUUUCUGUCCUUUGACGAUGUUGCAGCAACCGUACAGUCCCUUAUCCCCCGAGUCCAAGAUUCCGCAAAACUUGACGGCCUUUUAG